CUGAUUGGCCAGUGAGUGGGGUGGUGUCAUGGCGGCUCUCCGCGGUGUGUCUCGGCUUCUGGUUGCUGUCAGUAAGGCUCCGGUAAAAUGGGCUCCCCGGGCGGCAUGCCGGGUCUAUUCAGUCAGUCACCUCAGUGUGCCGGAGCGGAUAGAGAAAAAACGGAGAGAAGCGCUGCUGGGCGGAGGAGAACAGCGGAUAGAGGCUCAGCACCGGCGGGGAAAGUUAACUGCUCGUGAGAGGAUAAGUCUGCUGCUGGAUCCUGGAAGCUUUGCAGAAUAUGAUAUGUUUGUGGAGCACAGGUGCGCAGAUUUUGGGAUGCAGGAAGACAAAAACAAGUAUCCUGGAGACAGUGUGGUUACAGGGCAAGGCCGAAUCAAUGGAAGACUAGUCUACAUCUUCAGCCAGGAUUUCACUGUGUUUGGAGGCAGCUUGUCUGGCGCUCACGCACAAAAAAUAUGCAAGAUCAUGGACCAGGCUGUUUUGGUGGGAGCCCCUGUAAUUGGACUUAAUGACUCAGGAGGAGCUCGCAUCCAAGAGGGUGUGGAAUCCUUGGCUGGAUAUGCUGAUAUCUUUUUGAGAAAUGUGGUGAAUUCAGGGGUUGUACCUCAGAUCAGUCUAAUUAUGGGACCGUGUGCUGGUGGUGCUGUUUACUCCCCAGCUCUGACGGAUUUCACAUUUAUGGUGAAGGACACUUCCUAUCUUUUCAUAACUGGUCCAGAUGUGGUGAAAUCGGUUACGAAUGAAGAUGUCACCCAGGAAGAUCUGGGAGGAGCCAAGACUCACACAGCGCUAUCAGGUGUAGCCCACAGAGCAUUUGAGAAUGAUGUUGAUGCACUAUUAAACCUGCGUGAAUUCUUCAACUAUCUUCCACUGAGCAACAAGGACCCAGCUCCAAUCCGGGAGUGCUAUGAUCCACAUGACCGCCUGAUACCGGGAUUAGACACAGUGGUUCCUAUGGAGUCCACUAAAGCAUAUGACAUGUUGGAUAUUGUUCACUCGAUUGUUGAUGAUCGAGAGUUCUUCGAGAUCAUGCCCAAUUAUGCCAAGAAUAUUGUGGUGGGCUUUGCCCGGAUGAAUGGAAGGACAGUUGGUAUAGUAGGAAAUCAACCAAAGGUGGCCUCAGGUUGCUUAGAUAUCAAUUCUUCUGUGAAAGGAGCGCGUUUUGUCAGAUUCUGUGAUGCCUUCAACAUACCGCUUAUCACUUUUGUUGAUGUACCCGGGUUUUUACCAGGUACGGCUCAAGAGUAUGGAGGCAUCAUCCGACAUGGAGCAAAGCUGCUAUUUGCCUUUGCUGAGGCCACUGUCCCAAAGAUCACAGUUAUAACCAGAAAGGCGUACGGAGGAGCCUAUGAUGUCAUGAGCUCUAAGCACCUGAGAGGAGAUGUUAACUAUGCAUGGCCAACAGCAGAAGUGGCAGUCAUGGGUGCCAAGGGUGCUGUUCAGAUCAUAUUUCGUGGAAAACAGAACCAGGCGGAAGCAGAGGCAGAAUAUGUGGAGAAGUUUGCCAAUCCCUUCCCUGCAGCUGUUAGAGGGUUCGUUGAUGACAUCAUUCAGCCAUCCACCACCCGCUUGCGCAUAUGUCGAGACCUUGAAGUACUUGCCAGUAAGAAGCUGGUGAAUCCUUGGAAGAAACAUGCAAAUAUUCCUCUUUGAUUUAGGAGUUGACAAAUUCAAAUACACAUUCCUGUAUGGGACAUUAUGGCUUCAAAAUUCAGGACUGAUUAGUUUGUGUCAAACUACAAUGAAACACUAUCAAAAGAUAUAAGACAUGGCCCCAUACUGGUAUGUUGGUAACAUAUCUGUAUGGUGUAUAAUGUGACCUUUUUGGAAUUCUAAAUAAAUUGGAGAUUGUGAGAAAAAAAA